AUGCCCACGCAGCCAUCAACCGGCUCUCUGCCAUGUCGCGCGUGUCCAGCUGCCCGCCAUGUCGCCCUGCAGUGCCACAGUUCGUCUCGCGCGUCACUCCCUCCUCCGUCCCGACCACAUGGCCGCCGACAAGGGCUCCUUCCCGUGGCCGAGCCGACGCAUGCGCGCGGGUGGCGGGUGGCAGCGUGGCAGCAUGGCAUCAUCUGGAUAUGGGGCCCCCUCCGCUUGGACGUUGUGCGCGAAACGUCAAGACGAGAGAGAAGCGAGAGCUGCUGGCCCUUUCGGGCGGCGAGGCAUUUGGACGAACGCCAACGCUACACAGCCGUCGACAGAGUUCUGCGAGCGCGCCCAGCAACACAAAGGUACCCGAGGCACCCUUCAGAUGCCCACGGAUCAAGCCCACAAUUCUCGUCGAACUGGUGGAUUGGCGCCACCCGCGCCCAAGAGCCCUAG